UUAAGAACCGCUGUCAAAUUUGUUGUCAUUGGAAAACUCAUUAUUUUUUUUGGUGACUAAUAGCAAUAGCGUAGUGUUCUAGUGAAUUGUACUAAUAACAAAAAAAAAUGAGUUUUUUCGGAAAACUUUUUGGUGGCAAAAAAGAGGAUGAGGGGCCCACCACUGGAGAAGCUAUACAGAAGCUUAGGGAAACAGAAGAUAUGUUGCUGAAAAAGCAAGAUUUUCUGGAAAAGAAGAUAGAUGAGUACAUGUUACUAGCUAAGAAAAAUGCCUCUAAAAACAAAAGGGUUGCGCUUCAAGCCCUUAAAAAGAAGAAAAGGCUAGAAAAAAAUUUGCAACAAAUAGAUGGAACGCUUACGACGAUCGAGAUGCAAAGAGAAGCUCUAGAAGGAGCUAACACAAAUACGGCCGUAUUAAACUCUAUGAAAAAUGCUGCAGAAGCACUGAAAACAGCUCACAAAGACUUGGAUGUGGAUAACGUUCACGAUAUCAUGGAUGAUAUUGCUGAACAGCACGACUUAGCUAACGAAAUUUCAAAUGCAAUAAGCAACCCUGUAGGAUUUGCUGACGAUUUAGAUGAAGAAGAACUGGAAAAGGAGUUGGAAGAGCUGGAACAGGAAGGUCUGGAAGAAGAUUUGCUUAAAGUGCCUGGCCCUACAGAACUGCCAGCCGUGCCAACAGGAGCUAUCGCCAAACCAGUCAAGCCAACGGCUAAAAAAGUGGACGAUGACGAUGACAUGAAGGAAUUGGAAGCCUGGGCCUCGUAAGAAAAUGGAAUAGUCACCACAGUUACAGCAUAAAUUUCAGCACCUUGAAUAUUUUAAAUAUAAGAAAUAAAAAUCUAAAAACUAAAACAACUUGUAAUGAAUUAGGGCUAAUCUGAGGUAGUCACGAACUAUUUUGAAACUCCAAGGGGAUAUAAAUAUGUUAAAAAUGCCUUUUUUAAUUUUUGAACUCUCAAAUAAGUUCAUGACUUCCAUUAGAAUAAAUCUAUAGCUGCCGCAACUGUUGGCUUUGGUUCGCUUUUAUAUCAUGUAUAUAUAAUAAUUACUGUUUAAAAUGUAGUUAAUAACGGUUAAAUUAAUUUUGAUUAUUUUGGUAGCAAAGUUUAAAUAUUAAACUAUAUAUAUUUACGUA